AUGUUUAAAUCAAAAAUGAUAGAAAAUGAGAAAGUAUUGCAAUAUGCUUUGAACCACUAGCUGCCAAUCGUUUAAGUCCUUCUUAAUUCUUCAAUACCCAAAGAGCAGAGACUAUUGUGUACCGAAUGCUUGGAUAAUGCAGAUUUUGAAGGUAAAGUAAUUGGUUUCAAAAAAAUAAUUCAAAUGAUAGAAGAAUAAUAAAAUUAGAAAAUGAAUCUAAUGGAAAGCAUGAUAAUUUAGAAUAUUAAAUAGGUUGAAUCAUUUCAUAGUCUCAUCAGUCAAAUGAAAUCAAAUAUAAUCUUACAAUUAGAAUAAUUAAGUUCAAUUCUUAAAGAUUGGAUCACUAAUCUGUAGUCUAUAGGAUUGAAAUAUUCACAAUACAGUUUUCAUGAAGAAUUAGAGAUCUAAUCAAAAAAGUAAUAAUAUCAAAUUCAAUCCAACUUCAUUCAUCAAAGACAUUAGAACAGAAUACAGUAAUUAUUCUAAGGUUGCAUCUAAAUUGGAGUAAUUCAAUUAAUUUUAAGAAUAUAACAAAUGCAGACAAAUACUAUCAGAUCUUUAAAUAGAUAUAUAAAAAUAAGGAUAAGUUGA